AUGUUGCAUUUUCUCCCUGCCACCAGGCACAUUCCCUUCCUAAGGUCUAGAUCAGCAGGUGGCCUUCCCAGCGAAAGCUCUGUGUCCUAUGAUCCGAAACAAUAAAGCUGUGCUUGGGUACGUGAGAUUAUGUUUACGAUGAUGGUCAUCACUCCAGCCCUAGGAAGUUUGAGAAACUGAAAAAUAAGCUUAGCAGGCUGCCUAGGUUCUGCGGAAUCAGCAGGCCCCCGCUGUGACCAAUCAAGAGCGGCAGCGGGGAGAGAAAUUGACUCAUUCUUUUCAAUUUGCUGAUUGGCUUUGAGAAGUGGGCGGAGCUACUGUCUCUGUCCCGGGUUCCCAUUGGUGGAUGAAAGUUAAAGGUGGGCCUCCAGCAAGUUUUGUCCUUUGAUAAAAAGGAAUGUCUUGGGGACUUUUCUUUUCUGCUUUGCAGGCCCAGGCUCAAGGCAAAUUAUAAGUAGGGAACCAAUUUGAGGGAAAGACAUGUGAACAGAGUUAAGGUACCACGUCCUGGGAGUGACCAGCAGCCCCACCUGAAGUCCGCAUGCAACUCUGACAAGCUCAGGUGCUUGUUUUAAGGAAAGGGGCUACUAGAUUCUUACCAACAGCGAGCCCAGGUGGGAGAUGAAACAGGUACUCCCCAAAAUAGGUCAUCGGAGGGAGGAAAACUGAUGGAGAGCACAAUAUGCUCUGAGCGGUUUUAAUGUUUUUAAGCUUUUAAAUGAUUUCUUCGAGGCCGAGCAGCAGCAGCAAAGGUGUGGUUUAAAGGAUUAAGAGGGUUUUGCUGACACCUAGAAUGAAGUUACUCUAUUACUAACCAAGCCGAGAGGAGGCCCACUAUGCCCCCGUUUAUCAUCCUUUCCCAGUUCCUUUUUGCUGGUCACAAAACGAUGCUCAUCAAUCCCACCUAAAGCAGGAGGCCGGGAGCCCAGCCUCUUGUAGAAACAGCGAGGGUAUAACUGCCCUCCCGUUCUGCCCCCAAGACGAAGGAGGACUCUUGGAAGCCAAGAAAGGUUUAAGAAGUCUUUCUGGAUAGAGGGAGGAAGCCUUUCGCCGGCAGAGCAGGGUCCGAGGACGAGCUGGAGAGGACAGAGGCGCGAUGGGCCUGCUGCAGGGCCUGCUCCGAGUCCGGAAGCUGCUGCUGGUCGUCUGCGUCCCACUCCUGCUGCUGCCUCUGCCCGUCCUCCACCCCAGCAGCGAGGCCUCGUGUGCUUACGUGCUGAUCGUGACUGCUGUGUACUGGGUGUCGGAGGCAGUGCCUCUGGGAGCUGCAGCCCUGGUGCCGGCCUUCCUCUACCCGUUCUUCGGAGUCCUCCGAUCCAAUGAGGUGGCGGCGGAGUACUUCAAGAACACCACGCUGCUGCUGGUGGGGGUCAUCUGCGUGGCGGCUGCUGUGGAGAAGUGGAACCUGCAUAAGCGCAUUGCUCUGCGCAUGGUCUUGAUGGCUGGAGCCAAGCCGGGCAUGCUGCUGCUCUGCUUCAUGUGCUGUACCACGUUGCUGUCCAUGUGGCUGUCCAACACCUCCACCACCGCCAUGGUGAUGCCCAUCGUGGAGGCCGUGCUGCAGGAGCUGGUCAGUGCUGAGGACGAGCAGCUCGUGGCCGGCAACUCCAACACCGAAGAGGCCGAACCCAUCAGUCUGGAUGUAAAGAACAGCCAACCUUCUCUGGAACUCAUCUUUGUCAAUGAAGACAGGUCCAACGCAGACCUCACCACUCUGAUGCACAACGAGAACCUGAAUGGUGUGCCCUCGAUCACCAACCCCAUCAAAACUGCAAACCAACACCAGGGCAAGAAGCAACACCCAUCCCAGGAAAAGCCACAAGUCCUGACCCCCAGCCCCAGGAAGCAGAAGCUGAACAGAAAGUACAGGUCCCACCAUGACCAGAUGAUCUGCAAGUGCCUCUCCCUGAGCAUAUCCUACUCCGCUACCAUUGGCGGCCUGACCACCAUCAUCGGCACCUCCACCAGCCUCAUCUUCCUGGAACACUUCAACAACCAGUAUCCAGCCGCAGAGGUGGUGAACUUUGGCACCUGGUUCCUCUUCAGCUUCCCCAUAUCCCUCAUCAUGCUGGUGGUCAGCUGGUUCUGGAUGCACUGGCUGUUCCUGGGCUGCAAUUUUAAAGAGACCUGCUCUCUGAGCAAGAAGAAGAAGACCAAAAGGGAACAGUUGUCAGAGAAGAGGAUCCAAGAAGAAUAUGAAAAGCUGGGAGACAUUAGCUAUCCUGAAAUGGUGACUGGAUUUUUCUUCAUCCUGAUGACCGUACUGUGGUUUACCCGGGAGCCUGGCUUUGUCCCUGGCUGGGAUUCUUUCUUUGAAAAGAAAGGCUACCGCACUGACGCCACAGUCUCUGUCUUCCUUGGCUUCCUCCUCUUCCUCAUUCCAGCGAAGAAGCCCUGCUUUGGGAAAAAGAAUGAUGGAGAGAACCAGGAGCACUCACUGGGGACCGAGCCCAUCAUCACGUGGAAGGACUUCCAGAAGACCAUGCCCUGGGAGAUUGUCAUUCUGGUUGGGGGAGGCUAUGCUCUGGCUUCUGGUAGCAAGAGCUCUGGCCUCUCUACAUGGAUUGGGAACCAGAUGUUGUCCCUGAGCAGCCUCCCGCCAUGGGCUGUCACCCUGCUGGCAUGCAUCCUCGUGUCCAUUGUCACUGAGUUUGUGAGCAACCCAGCAACCAUCACCAUCUUCCUGCCCAUCCUGUGCAGCCUGUCUGAAACGCUGCACAUUAACCCCCUCUACACCCUGAUCCCAGUCACCAUGUGCAUCUCCUUUGCAGUGAUGCUGCCUGUGGGCAAUCCCCCUAAUGCCAUCGUCUUCAGCUAUGGGCACUGCCAGAUCAAAGAUAUGGUGAAAGCUGGCCUGGGAGUCAACGUUAUUGGACUGGUGAUAGUAAUGGUGGCCAUCAACACCUGGGGAGUUAGCCUUUUCCACCUGGACACUUACCCAGCAUGGGCGAGGGUCAGCAACAUCACUGAUCAAGCCUAAUGCCAAGUGUACAAACUAGCCCAACCACAGGAGCUGCCAGUACCCAGCAGAAUCUGGACCACAGGCAAAGAAAACCACUAGGACCACCGGGAGCACACAACCCCAGACCCACGCCGGAGGGCAUCCCUCCACCAGAAGAUUCCGCCACCUCAAGUGAACUGCAGGAAUCCUCCAACAACCACAAACACAUGCUUCGCUGUUAGUGUCUUCUUCCCGCCCUCAGCACCACAGCUCAAGAAAACCUAAAGUUUCAAUACAAGCCAUAGGCUCACAGAAAAAGAAAAAGAAAAUAAAAAUUAAAUUAAAAAAAGAGAAGACAAAGAAAA